CUUACUCAGUAUACACCAUAUCAACCGGAAAUAGCACAAGGGCGCCUGGAAAGUUUGCUAAAUUUUCAAACGAUGGUGAGAGAUUUGACAGGCCUGGAAAUUGCAAAUGCUUCUCUGCUGGAUGAAAGCACUGCAUGUGCUGAAGCAAUGACACUGGCCGUUCGAUUCACGAAACGCGCCAAAUUACUCGUUGAUCCACUGCUCCAUCCACAGAACAUUGCCGUCAUCGAAACACGAGCAAGACCGUUGAACAUUGAGCUGGAAAAUCUGAAAGUUACGAAUCCAAGUUUCGACAGCAAUGUGGCUGGAGUAAUUUUGCAAUAUCCGAAUACCGAAGGAAAUGUGUUGUUCCUGGAUGAUCUAGUCAAGAGCGCUCAUGAUAACAAUGUAUCAUUUUUACCAUUUUUUUUUUCAAAUUUUUGA